GCUGCGAAAUCAGCUGUCGGGCGAGCACCGCAUAAUCAGAGGUGGGGAUGUUUCUGGGCUUCUUGGUGGAUCUGCUGUACUGCCGACGCUGCGGGGACGACUGUAUGAUGGAAUUCCCAUCGACUCCCGCGAAUGAAGAAACAGCGUCGAAAGUGGUAAAGGUCGAACUACCCCCGCUGCCGCCACUGCCGCCACUGACCUUUGAACUCAUUCGCAACCCAUUGGCUGCCGAGCAGGAGUGCGAUAAUAGCUUCGAAGGCUUCGUCGAUGGUUACGAUGAUCCCAGGCUGCCGGAAACCAUCAUCUGAUUCAAAAAGAGCUUGCCACUCACUGCCCGCACUCCGCUUCAUUUGGUUUAAUUAAAACUCUUUUUGCCAUAAUCCAAUUAAGACCAAAGGCAAAAACCAAAUGACAACAAAUGGCAUAAUGGCCAGACAACAAAACAGCCGGCAAAAAAUAGAAAAACUCGACAAAACUCAAACAAAGUUCCGCACAAAGCAAAAAACCUGAACAAAACAAAAUGCAAACAAACAAUGCAAUAAAAUUCAAUUACAACAAAAUUUUAAUUAACUUUUUGCAAUCAAAACACAAACCAAAUGAGGAGACAACUGGCAUACGAAUUGAAAGCCAAUAAAAAUGGGCGUAAUAACCUAACCAAUCUACAGGUCAUCGAUGUACAGGAGUGGGUUAAACGAAUCUAACAAAGGCUGUGUACGAUAGCUUCAAAUGGGAUAGGAUUACUUAAGUGUAUCAUUUUAUGUGUUUUAAAAAUGUAUAUGCACAUAUGGUAAAUGUUUGGAUUCGAUUGUGAGCACCAAAGAACCAGGCACAGUUUCCUAAACAAUACAAAGAGAGAACACUACCCCUAUUCGAGUGUCAACUAUCGGAUACCUUAUAGUCUGUAUAAAAGUUUGUUGUUGACUUAUUUACUCUACGAGUACCGAUGGAAUUGAGUAUAAAUAUGAAA